ACUUCAUAUAUACCGCCAAGAAACCACAGCAACCGCCAUAAAGACCGCAUUCCCGAAGAGUCGCCUGCUCGAACCAUAAACAUUGCCAGUUCCCGAGUUUAUUGCGCUUAUCGCAGUUGACGGGGUCCCCUUCGUUGUGCCCCCCGGAUUGUGGGUAAUGUGUUUUAUUGAUUAAAGAACGGGCGGCAGUGCGGUCGGGCUCGCCUUUGCCCCCACCCGCAUUGAGUCAUUUACAUGAUCGUCUGGAAAACAGAGCACAAUUGGAGAACAAAUAAAACCGCUCUCGGCGAGCAAAACGCUGAGCGUUUGGCUGUCAGUCGUUGAUUAGCCCGCUCGGUGGCCAGACAUCCCGCUCCCAGAUUGGGAACAUACACACUUCCUCGCAGAACUCGGAAAGCCUUUCCAAGUACUGAAGUGCUAGAUAAGGAACUGAUAUAAAUUUAAGCCCCGCAGCAGGGGAUACUUCAGUUGGUCUAGGGGAAUCCAUAAAGCACCAUGCCUUCCGAUCAGGAGCCCACCGCCGAGCAGAUUGGCCAAGUCAAGAGCAGCAUUCUUGAGAAGCUAGAGAAGGAGCCCCCGGCAGUGCCCUUCCACCCCAACGAUCUGAAGCGCAUUACCGACAGUGACCUUUGGAUCAGCAAACUUCUGCAGGCUUACGACUUGGAUGUGGACAAAUGCAUCACCAGGCUGUGGGACAACCUCGCCUGGCGCCAGAGCUUCGGGGUAUACGACCUGAAAGAGACGGACUUGAACCAGGAGUACCUCAACGACGGCUCCAUCUAUGUGCACAACAAGGACAAGGACGGAAAGCCCCUGCUGAUCCUCAGCAUUAACAAGCACUCGAAGAGCCGGAAGCAGGAGGAUAUCCUGCGAAUCCUGGUCUUCUGGAUUGAGCGCCUUCAGAGCGACAACAAACUGGAAAAGCUCACCCUCUUCAUGGAUAUGACUGGCACUGGUCUGAGCAACUUGGACCUGGACUUCAUCAAGAGCAUCAUUGCAGUGUUUGAGACCAAAUACCCCUACAUUCUCAACUACAUACUGGUGCACGAGCUGCCUUUCUUGUUGAAUGCUGCCUUUAAAAUUGUCAAGACCUUCCUGCCCGAAGAGGCGCUGAAGAUCCUGAAGGUCACCUCCAAGAAGGACAUUGUCCAGUACGUGGAUAAGGACAACUGCCUGAAAAUCUGGGGCGGCAACGAUGAAUAUGUUUAUAAGUUCGCCUAGCAUUGCCAGAAUUUUGUUUGAUAGUGUAAAUAAUAAUACGAUAUUUAUUGACCCGGAA